AUGCGCUCUCAUGUUCCAGGCAUACCUGAUAGCACCGACAAGGAUAGCUUCGAUCCUGCUAGAGACGUUCCCGACUAUCUCCAGCGAUACUUGAUCGUUACUGACAAGCCACCGGAAAUCUAUCAAUUCGUUUCGCAAACACGCGAGCAUAAACUACGUCUAUUGACCCGUCGAUUCUUCAACCAGAUUCAGUAUGGCUGUCAGAACCCUUACUGCGAUGCUCCUUCGUGUCUAUCUUACCGCAAACGCAUUGCAAAUGCUCCUCUACGACCUCAUAGCGACGUGACUGCUCGAACCCUUGCCGUGAGAUGUGUUGAACAAUAUGCUAGUCGAGGCAGAGAUUUGGGUCGUACUCCUAGGCGAGUCAGAACCAAAACGAAGUCUCGGUCCCACGAUUUCUCCUCAUCCGAUGGGUUGUGCCAAAACGAUCCAAUUGUGCCAUGGUAUGCCGAUGCGCAAGAACAUCUUACAAAGCGAGUCGCCGCGGCAUUACGACGCCAGCCAGCCUCUACCCAGCAUGCUGCUAGUCGUCAAUCCAAGUCUAGAAGGAAUGACAGUCCCACUUCGAGCCCAAACCAAGCGGGAGAGGAAUCUAAUAAGAAUGGCAUACCCGUGAGAGUCUCGAGAAGGUCUAUGCCAUUCGAUGCGGUCAUUGAAGAGAGUCUGCCUAAUACCGCUGAAGCUGCUUUUGAACAGGAUCAUCCGUUACCUAGUGUCGAUGCUAUACGAUCUGCCUCUAGUCAAAUUCCCGACCUCGACAACGCCUUCUAUCAUUCUUCAAAACGGGAAGCCCGCGGCAAGGACAUUAUCAACGAUCAACACGAUCGGUCCAACGUGGAAAGGAGCCUCCGCACCGCUGUGCAGGUGCACUUUCAAGGCAUCCAGAGCGGAAAAUUGUCCUUGAACGAUCUCGAAGACUUCACACGCAUUCAACUCGAUCUGAAGGAGGACUAUCUUCACGAUCCGUCUUGGAAGUUUGCAAGCAAGAAGAUUCUUCAAGACGAAUACGAAAGACUCUUAUCUAAGCACAAUCAAUUUCCUCGCCCAGCCUCGCCUUUCCGUUGCAAUUCCACAAGCAACAUAAAUGAUGCAUCCACACCAAUCGAGACAUCCUCAACAGAAGACGACCACAUAUAUGCUACAACAGACUCUGUCGCAGUCGACGACGUAGCUGCUACCCAUGUGGAAUCCAUUCCAGUUCCACCGCGGGCAAGGAGAGCUGUGGUUGAUCCUGCUUCGCUGCCACAAUUCCUCCUGAUGAGUUCCAGAUUAGACACCAUUACGACUGCCAUCACCGAGAACCCUGCCUCCAAGACAUCCUCGAUCUACAAGAUUGACAGACACGGCUCAACUGUAAGCAGUCUUAGUCGUGCCUACACCUUUGAGCUGCUUCCUGCGACCGCUCUUGGAUGGCUGAAAACCUGCAUUGGACUAGAUAACCAUCACGACUCGAAAAGAAAGGUCGCAGUCGAUGCAUUCAUUGACCAAUGUCUCUUUUACGUCUUUACCGACCCACAUCGGCUUAUGCUGUCUGCUGCUACAUGGAACCAAUAUAGACAACAUGUUCCCCUUCGUUCAGAUAAGAGAGGCUUGCCUCAGGACCCGGCAUGGCAUGACCAGAAUGGCCCGCUUGUUUUCCCUAAAUGCACCUCCAUCAGUGCAGUAACUCGUGAUAUAGUUGGUCUAAGUCGAACCCGCGAACAGACCGCUUCACGCCUACUCUCUCAUCUUCACCAGCUGUUGCGGUGUACGUAUCCCCUGCCAUCUUGGCUGAUGGAGUCUACCACUCGACGUUCUCACUCUUUCUUGGAAAACCAUCAGCUGGCGUACAUCCUUGCGCUCUGUGUUGCCAUUGCCGCGAACCUAGUCGAGGAGUUUGCCGAUCAAGCCCGUUCGUUUGACCACGUUGACUGUACAUUUGGCAUGGUUCCAGAUGCUACUAUACCAGUCUUGCCGUUUCUCGACACUCCCCUAUCGAGAAUCAUGACAAGUCUCGCUGACGUCGUAAGUCAUCGAGCAGCUUUGGACAUUGCACAGACGGCUAGAAAGGUACGCUCCAACGAAAAUUCUCGAGGUCACUCAAAAAGCACGGUUGCCAACGAGAUCAUAAGCAUUUUGAAGCAAGCACAGGCUUCGCAUGACUCUACAGACCUGAGUAUCCAUUACGCUGGCCGCUUGGUUAAGUUCAUGCUGGCUGUAAUGCUCUAUCGCUGGGAUCGCAACCCAGUUGUUCGACGUACUGGCCCUGUCAGUGGCGCUCUGACCCUUCUUAGGGGGCUGUACCACUCAAGAGCAGCACUCUCGCUCGACAAUGACUCUUUCGAGAUGGCCUUCAUCUCAGACGGCCUUGACGACGUCCAAACCCCAUCGCAGUGGCUCGAGUUCAGACCAGAUUCUUCGAAUCUUCACAUAUUACAGUUUCCCUUUCUCCUUCCUCCAGCAGAUUUAGUCAAGUAUUUCCGGUCGAUCAAUCUGAAGCUGAUGAAACAAUCACACGAAAAUGCUCUGCUAGUAUAUGCAAGUGGUAAAGCACAGUUGCUGCUCAGUCCGUGGCGUGUCAAUAAUGUCACUGAGGUGCUCGACAAGACCAGAGCGCAUAUGGCCAGGUACUUUGUUAUGACCGUCAGUCGAGAACGCAUGUUGGAAGAUGCCAUCGGGCAAAUCUGGCGCCGCGAGCGUCAGGAACUAACACGACCAUUGAAAGUUCGUGUGGGCAUCGAUGAAGGUGAAUUAGGACUCGACCAUGGUGGCGUGCAGCAAGAAUUCUUCCGACUCAUUUUCGCUGAAGCUUUUCACCCCCAGUAUGGUAUGUUCGAGACUGAUCCCGCAACGCACAUGACCUGGUUCAAGCCAGGUUCUCUGGAGCCCCUGUACAAGUUCGAAGCUCUAGGUAUCCUCAUGUCGCUUGCGGUGUAUAAUGGAGUUACUAUACCAAUGACUAUGCCACUUGCUUUGUAUCGAAAAAUACUGGGCUUGAAGGUCAAAAAGGUUGAGCAUAUUGAGGAUGGGUGGCCCGAUCUUGCACGAAGUUUCCGACAGAUGCUUGACUGGACUGAAGGCGACGUAGGUGAAGUAAUGUGUCGUACCUACGAAUUUUCCUACGAAUCAUUUGGCAGAUACGUGACCAUCGACAUGACGAAGACACAACACAGUACCACAUCCGGUCUGCCCGGUCCUUCAGCUGACAAGACGGACCCUAAGAAAGACAACACCAACGACAUCAGCGGUCUACCUAAUCCAGACGAAGCACCUCUCGUCACAAACGCCAACCGCAAAGACUACGUGAAAGACUACAUCCUCCACCUAACCGACAAAUCCAUCUCCCCUCAACUCACAGCCUUCCUCAAAGGUCUUCACACCCUCCUCCUCCCCAAAGCCCUCAGCCUCUUCCCACCCCACACCCUCAAACUCCUCUUCGAGGGCCACCCAACAUCCCAACCUCUACGAAUCACCGACUGGCAAGCCGCCACCAUCUAUGAAGACUACACUCCCUCCGACCCUAUCAUCAUCUGGUUCUGGGAACUCCUCCGCAACGAAUUCACGCAAGACCAACUCAGGAAAUUACUCGAGUUUGUGACGGCGAGUAAUCGAAUUCCUGUGGGAGGGUGGAGUGGUGUUAGGUUCAUCAUUCAGCGGAAUGCGGCGGGGAAUGAGUGGUUGCCAGGGAGUAGUACGUGUUAUGGGAGGUUGUUUUUGCCUGAGUAUAGCUCGAAGGAGAUUUUGAGAGAGAAAUUGACGAAGGCUAUUGAGACGAGUUUGGGAUUUGGGAUGGUUUGA